AGUUGUCAUUCCUCAUAAUUGGUGAAUUUCAUAGAUAAAGCUAUCAUAUGUCAGAAAUAGCACCUGACAAGUUAAUAUAUCAAGCGCAACGACAUCCAAAAAUACCAAUUCAAUAAACAGCGUUGUGUGUGGACCAAUAAAUUGUUUGCAUUAUUUCCUUCCUUACAAGAAAUUUGUGUUUUUUGGGUUUUUUUUUUAUUAAUUUUGAGAAAAGUGCAUUUGUGCGUAAUUGCUCAGAGAGACGCGCGAGGCAAAAUUAGCAACGUUCGUUGAAGUGAAACAGUUUAGUGACGGCAGUCAUCGACGCCAUUUUUUAACAUACAUAAGACUAAUUACGUGAGAAAAAUCGCAGCGUUUGUGAAAAAGUUUUUGCACAACUUCUAAAUUGUACUAAAUGAGCCUAAUUAAUUUUCUAAAUUCAAAGUUAAAACCCUCGGUAGAGUGCGAUGCACUAUGCGAAGAUGGUUACACUGCGAAUAACUUAAUCGCAGAUGAUGCAGAGCAGCUGUCACGCGGCUUCAUGGCAUAUGCCGUCACCAAGCCGCCCGUUGAAAUCAUUUUUGAUUUCCCAAAAGCUGUAGAAGUGAAGGUGAUCAAGUUGUGGAAUAGUAAUGGUGCUCUACGCUCGACUAGUUUUGAACUGCAUGGCAAGUUCGAGGGCAUUUGGGAACGAGUAGCUUAUGCUCGUGACCUUGCUGAGGGUGUUGACUCUGUGACUUUUUGCUAUCAAAGUGAUUACAAUUCUCGAAGUAAUGCGGAAAGUGCUGCUACUCAAGCGCAAAGCGUAAAAGCUUUUUUCUUUAAGACCGCACACCGUUUACUUUCCAACGCUAGCAGUCUGAAGGUCAUCAUUUGUGCUACUAAGCGAAGCCCACCAGUACUGCGUAAAAUAGAAGUGUGGGGACUACCAUCACGAGCGUUGGAGAAAGCAGAUCGUGAACUUGUUAAAACCAUAUGGAGUGAAAUUGUUCAUCCGCAUGGUUUUCGCACAGCUCCAGACCGUGGACAGCGUUCACCAUCACGUAAUGUGCCAGAAUUAAAUGAGUAUUCUACAUUGAAAAUCCCAGAAGAGUUCCUUGAUGAAAUCACGUGGGAACUAAUGAUUUUCCCUACCGUGCUUCCGUCUGGCAAAAUUGUAGACCAAUCCACAAUCGACAAACAUUCAGAAGUGGAGGCGAAAUGGGGCCGCUUGCCAUCGGAUCCAUUUACAGGCCUUGAAUUUACCUCACAUCGUAAAGCAAUUCUCAACCUCGCCCUUAAGGCACGCAUAGAAAAGUUCCUUAUGGACAAUUCCGAACACUUCAAAACAGUGCCACGUUCACUAGGUAGUUCCUUUGUGCGACGUAGUAAAAAUCGACACGCAUCGCAGUUUGCAAGCCUAUAUCAACGUCACAGCUCAACCGUUGGAACUUACUCGUCUCUAUCAGAGGCGUUUUACAAGUCAUCUUCACAAGCUUCGGCAACAGCUACAUUGUCAUCACCCACGCUUCCACCAAAGCGGCCUAGAAUUAGUGACUCUACAACAUAUCGCUCGGAAGCACCACUACUUACCUCCACAGCAACACAAACAUUAUCUAGUACUUCAUUAUCAUUUUCCUCAAAGUCAGCACCAUUUUCAAUGACAGGUGCAGCGGUCUCAUCAACAGCGUCGUCCACCACAAUCGCGACGGGCAUCGAUCAUGCCAUACAAGAAGCAUUAAAAAAUGUUACUCGCUACACAUGUCCGCCCGCGGCUGUGAAAGCUGCUACUUGUAUAAGCUGCAAAGCAGAAGAAUUCUCAUAUGAAAUACUAACGUGUAAACAUCUCGUAUGUCGUGCAUGUCUUGUACAGUUGACCAAGGACGAAAUGUGCACAUGCAAAGUCAGCUUCCGAACAUCCGAUGUUGAACGCUAUCAUAAAUUGUAAGCCUUUACAGAAAAAUUCUUAUAUGAGACACUAACGUGUGGGCAUCUCGUAAGUCAUGAAUUUGUCUUGCUGUUGACUGAGAACGAAAUGUGUACAUGCAGGACCAGCUUCCGUAGAUGUUCAACGUUUUCAUAAAUUGUAGGACUUUACGAAUUUAUGAACGUAUACAACACGUUUAUCGGCAGUGGCACCGCUAGAACUGAUCAAUGAGCCUAAAAGUAGUCGUUAAAAGGCUUGAAUUGUUUAAUAUUUUGCCUCAUUUUUAGUACGGUGACUGUUAUAAAUCGUUGGACUAAUAUUAUAUAUAUGUGAUUGGCUCCUAACAAAAAGAGUGCAAUUU